GCUGUUUUUCAUUUUUAUCGCAGUUUGAACAAAAUACUUCAAACACAAAAAUAAGACCGCCACCAUUUGAAAACAAGCCGACCAUUUAAAGCUAUUUUGCUUGAAAUGGACGUUGCAGUUUGCUUGUCAUGUAGCGAUUCCUUUCAAAGCACCCAAAUGUUUCGGUGCUCGAGCUGUUCAGAAAUGCAGGAAGAAGACGGCGCGACAGCUGAAGCGAAAAUUUGCGAAAGCUGUGUUGACGAUCAUAUCAACCGGGGACAUUCAAUCUUGGAUUCCAAUGGAGAAGCCCAGUCAGUUUGUGUGGAACACAAGCAGCGUUGCCUACUUUUUUGCAGCACUUGUGGAACAUUAAUUUGUUAUCAAUGUCUCGAAUUGCACGAAGACCACGAGUUGAAAACCAUUGAAGAGAACGAACAUUUUGCGCUAAAAACAGUAGCCCACGCACUAAUAAAUCAGAUAGAAAAUGAAAACGAAAAAACAUUAUCUUUCAAAAAAGAUGAAAUAUCUUUAAAAAUUCAAGAAAAACAAGCAAAAAAUGGAAAUCUGAUGCUCUUCGUUGAACAGGAAUUCGAAAGAUUUAAAAACAACUUGGAAAAUAAUCUUAAGGAAGAGUUGGAAGAAAUGAAAGCAACUGAAAAAGAGUUGAGCUGCAGCAUUGAUAGCAUAACGGACUUGAAGGCCAAAUUGAAAAACCUGCUGGCUACUUCUUUCGAUGAGAUGCAAGAAAAUUUCUCCGACAUUCUAUCCGAUUUGGGCGAUUUCGAAACAAAGUACCAAAUCGCAAUAUCCCAAGAGCCUCCAAGUACUUUAACUUCAUCUAUUACGAUUGAUCACAUCAAACCAGAUUUUGACAAUCUAAUGAAAAAAGUGGUGUCAUCAUCGGCUGGCGACACUGUUGUUGGACAGUGUUUUGAAAUUGAACAAAUUUCUGGUCCGCAGUUUCAUGCUGGAGUCAAUUUUGGAGACGAUCCUCUGGAAAUUUAUGGCAUUGAAAAGGGAUCCGGCGAUGAUAUCCAAGUCCUCAAAACAACUUCACCAAAUUCAGUUGACGCGACUUUUUUCCAUCGAGUAUUACCGGAAUCUGAAUUGACUGGAGUUUACGCUAUGCCAAGUAGUAAACGGUUGUUAAUUUUUAUUGACAAUGGGGAUUUUAUCGAAUUUAAUUGUCGGAAGGGAUCGUUUAUCACGUCAAAGAAACCACCAUUUAAAAACAUCUUAUGGCCAUACGAAACCAAAUCUGCUGAACAUGUUAGCACGCACUGGUCUUACUGGGAUGACUCGACGAAGACAAUACGAUUUUCACAUGACAAUGAAUUCAAAAUAGAAUGCAAAAGUCAACCUUUCAUAAGAAUGAGUUGCACUGAAUGUGACUUUUUAUGUUUUGUGGACGAGGAAAAAGCCAUCAUUAUGGUACAAAUUUCCAAGAAACGGGUAGAAUGGGUGCCUCUUUCGCGUCAUAAAAUCGACCAAAUUGAUUGCGUCACAGUUCAGAGUUGGUCUCGACUGUUUGUGUGGACAAAAUCAUCCAAGACUAUUAGUCAACUUGAUCGGAAAGCUUGGAACAAAUUAGUAUUAGCUCAAACGUUUAUAUGCGGAGAAACAUCAACGGUCGUUGUCAGAUAGAUAUUUAAAAAAAAGAAGAAAAACCAGAAGAUAGCCUAUGCAUCAACUAUAUAAUUUUGCUAUCAAACUAUCGCUUAAGAAAUAUUAUUCCUAAAUUAAAGAAUUGCACUACAAAAGCCGAACUCAGAAGCGCCAUGUGGCUUCUUUCAACUCUCUCUCUCUCUCUCUCUCGUCAAAAAAGAUUAUUUUCGUUUGAAGGAAAAAUAUUAUUUCAAAAUCAUUUAUGAAAUUGUAUGAGCCCAAAUUA